GAGUUUUCAAAAAAACAUAAAACGCCUGACAAAAUUGAAGAAAUAAGCUUAUAUAAUUUCUUACUAUUUUGUCAAAAGACCCUCGCAGAAAGAUCAAAAACACUUAAUUGGGAGGAUAAGUCAUCUGUGCACCAAGAAUACUAUAACGGAAUUAAAAAGAAAAUAGACAAUCAUAGAAUUCAAACAUGGGGAAAACUUGGCAAAAAAGACCUGGAAAAUGUGCUUGAUAUGUAUAAGAAAGUAUAUACCAAAGGAUAUUAUCUGAUCCUUCAAUUUUGGGCUGAUGUUGCAGCAAUCUAUUAUAUCGGACCUAAAAACUAUGAAUCUCUUAUUAAUAAAGUUCAAAUUUUGAUUAGUUUAUAUGAGGACGUAAAUGUUUUAAAGUGCACUGUGAAGUACGUUGCAAACCUUUCAGAACAACAAAUUAGGACAAUCAUCCUAAAGGCUGAAAAAGACAUAAGUAAAUUUGGUGCAAAAAUUUUGCAUCAAAUUUUCGAUAAAAAUCAAAUUAAGCUGCUUUUUCCAGAUAAAAUUUUUGAAUCUUCUCCUUCAGAAUAUGAAAAUAUUUAUUUCGGAAUAACAAAUGCCCUACAUAAAUAUGAAAUGAAUUCAGAAUGUGCUCCAAUAAUUGAAAUAAAUGGAUUUGAAACGAAGGAUAAAGCAACAUAUCUUAACAUCUUAGAAAAUUGGUUUAGAGAGUGGGUUAAUCCGUCACCUGUAAUGUCUGAAUCGUAUUAUGUGGAGAUUUACAUUUAUCGACCACUUCAAAUAAUUUUGCAUAAUUUACUAUACUUACGAAUUCAUCUCUAUGGUCCUGAACAUGAAACUAAAUGUUCUUUUGAAAGAAGAAGUUGGCAUCAUUAUCCGCCAUAUGGCGAGUGGCCAUCAGACUUAGAGGAAUCUCGAAGUAUAUUUGAUGUAUCGGACGAGCUCAAUGAUCAAAACAUUAUUGUUGAAGAAAAAGUUAUAAUUAAAAAUCAAAUCGAUGAUGAACCUAUUAUUUUUCCAUCAAAUGCUACUAUUCUAUUAAAUGAAGAUGCGAAACUAGAGAUUACCUAUGUUCGAGUUUAUUCUAAGAAGGUUGAUACAGCCCUUACAUAUAUAUAUAGAAAUAACUUAGCAUACCUUCUAAUUGUAGAAGCAAAACUUCCUAAUGCACCCUUUCACGGAGUUUAUGAUAAACUCUUACGAUCAAUAAAUGAUGCAAUAAAUAGUUUUCUAAUUUAUAUAGCAAAGGAUGCUAAGAAUAUUACAAGUAUAUUAGAAAAUCUUUUAAAGAAAUUGAGAUGGAUAGCAAUUUUUGUUGCUGAGGGAAGAUUUUCUUUGAUGGCUAUUAAGCUUAUGGAUAAUUAUCAACUUCGGUUAUGUUUUCCUAUAGGUGAAGCUAGAGUUCCCGUAAAAUCUGACAAUAUUUCAGAUUCAAUCUUUUUGCUGAGUUUAUUAAUCUAUAUUAGGAAAACUGUUAACGAAAACUUAAUAAUAUUAAAAGAAAUCGAAAAAGAAAUUGAAAGAAUUAAAUCAGAAUCCUCUUCUCUUGAAGAAAUUAAUUUGGCAAGAGAUUUCCUUGAGAAGACUGUCCAUGCAACGCCAUCAACACCUCUAAAAUAUAAAAAAUUUAAAAUAGACUUAAGUUUUCGCAUUAAUUGA